AUUCAAUUAUGAUUGGUCUAUUAUAGAUGCAUAUGCUUUAAUGUGAAAGAUAAUUUUUUGUUUUUAAGACAAAUAAUGAACCAAUAACACUAAAAUCAGACCAACAAUCAUUAGUAAACGAUUACGCAUCGAUUAGACCUUUUUUUUUUAAUGAGAUUUUUUCCAGCUAAUUUAACACUAAUUUUUCUUUUUUAAUUUAAAAAAAAAUUAAGAGCUAACAAACGUUGUAAUUAGGCCAACAAACUAUUAAAAAAAAAAUUUUUUAAAGUCGAAGUUGAUCGGCUAAGUUCCUGGAGCUGUGAGAAACUGAGAUCAUAACCAUAAACUUAUCGUUCACUCAUGUCAUCAGACAUGGCGGCGUCCGUGGCGGUGAAGGAUGUGAAUACGUAUCUCAACCAAAAACAAAAUGUUUCCGAUAAGGAACUGGCUGCGGAAUGGGCUCAGCUCGAGGAGCUGUACAGCAAGAGGCUUUGGCAUCAGCUGACGCUGAAAUUGGAGACGUUUGUGAAGAAUCCGACUCUCAACAGGGAGAAUCUUGUGCAACUGUAUGUUAACUUCCUAUCUACCUUUGAAAAUAAAAUAAAUCCAUUGUCAUUGGUGGAAAUAUUGGCACAUGUGAUCCAACAAUUUCAAGACAAACAGGAGGCAAUUAAAUUCUUGGAGAAAACUGAAACCAAAGUCCAGAGUAACAAUGAAGCUGUUGCUCUCUGUAAGGUUCUUAAGGGACAGAUCUUAUUGGAUAAACUGAAUAACCAGGAACAAGCAAAAAAGAUUAUAGAAGAAGUAGAAGCUAUGCUAGAUAAUGCUGAUGGAGUUACAACAGUUCACGGACGUUUUUACCUUUUAGCCAGCAGGCUAUAUAGAUUACAAGGCAAACAUGCAGAAUAUUAUCGUACGGCAUUGAGAUAUCUAGGUUGCAUUGAAUUGAGCAGCUUAAGCAGACAAGAACAAGAACAACAUGCCUUCUUCCUUGGAUUAGCAGCGCUCUUAGGCGAAGGAGUUUAUAACCUUGGGGAACUGCUGGCGCAUCCAGUCUUAGAAUCGUUAAAGGGCACACCCAACAACUGGCUCGUUGAUUUGCUACAGGCCUUCAACGCCGGUGAUAUCGUCGCGUUGGAGAGAUUGAAACCGCAAUGGAGCAAAGUGGCCGAUCUAGCCGCGCAGGAAUUAAAAUUGAGACAAAAGAUCUCUCUGCUGUGUCUCAUGGAAAUGACCUUCAAGCGGCAAGCCAACAAUCGACAGCUGACAUUUGCGGAGAUCUCGCAGGAGACGCGCCUGCCUCUCGGUGAGGUUGAAUUGUUAGUGAUGAAAGCUCUCGCUCAGGGUCUCGUUCGAGGUGCCAUAGAUCAGGUAGCAGGUACUGUCAACAUGACUUGGGUGCAGCCUCGCGUUUUAGAUCGCAGUCAGAUAGCCGGAAUGGUGCAACGUCUCGAUGGAUGGUGCAAGGAUGUUAGCUCGAUGGAGAAACUUUUGGAGUCUAGGGCCUCUGAAAUCCUCACUCUUUGAAAGAUUUUUUGCAUUAAUCAUUUUUCGACUAAUAUUAGUUUAUUGUAUCGCAGUGAAACGCUGAAAUUCAUACAUUUACAAUUAUAAAAUCAGUUUUUUAAUGGCGUCAAUAAAUAUGAAAAAUUAAUUCAUAUAUAUGUAUUUAUAUGCAGUCUUCUGUAUUAUGUAAUUUUCUUCCUUCUAUUUAAAACGAUAAAAAAUUUAUAAGUAAUCAUAACUUAAUAGGAAAAUUAAAGGUAUAAAAACAAUUCAAAAUAGAAAAAAAGCUAAACAUUUUAUUUAAAAAUUCGUGAAAAUACAUUUUUUAUACAGUUUUUGGUGCAGUUUUAUAAUGAUAUAACAUUAAUAAUUGUGAAUGUUGAAUGCUGUCCUUCAUACAAGAUUAAAUACUUGUACUUAAUUAUAAUACAUAAGUUAUAUAAUUUCAAGUAAAAAUGCAUAUUGUAGCGAAUAGUUCUCUAGUUCUAUUUACAAAUAUAAUUUAUACGUUGUACAUGUAACAAAAAUAAAAUCAAAUACAUAGAAUACAUUCACAUGGACAGAAAAAAACAGAUUAAGAGAUAUGGCUUUCAAUAAAUAUAUAAAAACAAAACUCACAAUUUGAUUGAGCAUAUGAUUUUGUACACUCAGCCUUGUAAUUUUCAAUAAAAUAUUUCAUAUAAAAUAAAAUUUUCUCACUCUAAAAGAAUGUUAUAAAUACAAAUGAUUAAGUACUUUGUUUCUUACUUUUGAUAGAAGCACAUUAAAAUUGGAGACAGAUGCAAUUAAAAAUACUAAACGAAACAUUUAAGUACAUGCUUAUUCUAUAUCACAUAUGGUUGACUUUCCGUUUACUCUUGAUCUGUUUCGUUCACAUCGUGUAUUGUCCAAACAAUACACUUACACGUUUACGAAAGCAAAGUACAUUAUUUCAUUUCGAAUGAAAUAAUAAUUUAGUAUACUCUGUCAAAAGAGUUACUCGUUGCUUGUGUUAGAGUUGUAUCAAUGUCAUCAGUUGGAAUUGAUGAAACGAAUUAAGUUACCUAUUUAUAUAGCAAAGUGUUAUAAAUAGAUCGUAACUGCAUCUUCUUCCUUUUCAA